AUGGCCUCCGCCGCGGCCUCGUCGUCGCGGCCAGGCCCGUCCGGCGCCCCUCGUGCCUCCCAGACCUCGAGUCCCCGUCCUCCCGGCGCCGGCCCCUCACAAUCGCCUGCUUCGUCGCGCAACACCGUCACCGAUCCCAUCCUCCGCAAUACCCUGCGCUACACAAUCUCCGCCAAGGAGUACGCUACCCUCCAUAAGUACGUGCUGUCACGCUCGCGCCUGUUGAAGAGGGCAGCCCCGAGCGUCACUGCCGUUGAGCGCAUCGUCGACGGCGAUAAGCCUGCCGUCGCCAGGCAAGCCGCCAGCAACCCCCCACCCGGUGCUGCUGCUGGUAGGGCCGUCGAUGAUUACAAUGCCCGCGCAGUCCGUCAUUCGCUGCGCGUCUUUCUCGGCACCGCCAUGGCCAUGAAGGGUUGGGCUCUCGUCUCGACCAAAUUUCUGGGCGGGAAGCAAGAUCUCAAUGCCAAGAAGCAACCCCUCCACAAGUCCCCGACCCUACGCCUCUCCCUAUCCCUGUCUGCCAUCCUCCUCCUUUACCGCAUUCUCUUCCGCUUCCUCAACCGCCUGCGCGCCCACCUGCUCGAUCCCUCGGCAGCGCCUUUCCGCCAGAGAAAUCCGCGCACGACCGCAACCCUGACGUCCCCUUAUGCCCCGGCCGUAGGUGCCUCGAUGGCCGGCUUAUUCCUCGGCGUCUACCCCGCCCAGCAGCUGCGUGUGACAAUCGCCAUAUACACCCUGUUCAGGGCGCUCGAGUUUGGCUGGAAUCUGUGCGAAGAAGAAGGCAUGAUUUGGGGCUUCAAGAGCGGGAGCAAGAUCAAGAGAGAGAGGCCUUGGUGGUGGGGCAGCUGGCUCAUUCAGCCUUUCGCUUUUGGGCAACUGUUGCAUGCCGUCGUCUUUGAUAGGGAUUGCUUCCCCGAGGUGAGUGGACGCCAUCCGGAGGAUUUGCUUUACGUUGCACGACUGACCCGAGACCAGUCUUAUGGCGACUUCAUCUUCAAGAACUCCUCGGCCUACCUCCACCCCAGACCAGCAGACUACCCGUCCCAUCUCAAGUGGCCCAAGGCCUUGGAGAUUGUCCAAAACCUUGCCCAGAUGGCGAGGCUGAACUGGCCACCCUACAUCUCUCCAACUCUCUUCCCCAACAAGGAGACACUCCCGCCAACCCUCACCGCCGUUGCCCCCCUCACCUCAUCCGCCCAUCCCAUCAUUACCUCACUGUCGUGCGCAACCCUUCACCCUUCAGACCCUUCAUGUCUCCGCACCUACCUCAACUUCUGGCUUGGGUCCUUCCCCGGCUUCACGCGCUUCUUCCUCGUCAUCUACUCGGUCAUGACGAUUGUUCCGCGUUUCCGGUCAUUGUAUCACUCGCCCCUCACGACUCUGCAGCGCAUAUUGACCAAGGCGUUGAGAAUGAGCACCUUCCUCACCGGCGCCAUCUCCACCGCCUGGGCAAGCAUCUGCUUCUUCCAACAGUGGUUCCCCCGCACCUUCUUGCCAACCCAGAGGUUCUUCUUUGGCGGAUUUCUCGCCGGCCUCUGGGCCUGGGUUGAGCGGAAGAACGGCCGCGGCGUGUUCCUUUACUCUGCGCGCGUAAGCGUCGACUCACUGUGGAAGGUAGGCGUUAAGAGGAGAUGGUGGAAGGCCAUGAAGGGCGGCGACGUGUGGGUGUUUGUCAUGGCACUCAUGCUCACCGGCGUUGUCUACGAGAGAGAUGCGAGGGCGGUCAAAGAGGGUAGCUGGAGGAAGGGCAUCAGCUGGGUACGAGGUGAGGGUUUCAAGGACUGGAGCAUCGACGAGGACGUCGAGGAGGAGAACAACAACAAGACCGACUAG